GUCAUCCCACCCCCUCCCCUCGCAUCCCAACCAAGAAUACCCAUUAAUUCACAUCCUCUCCUCUUCCCUCCAACAAGGCCAUCAUCCAACUUUGAGGCUCUCGAUAUCCCACACACCCACUCCUCCACCUAUCCACAACCAACUGCACCCCUCACGUCUUCCAACCAUGGCGCCCGCUACUACGAAGAAGGCCGUCCACUUUGGCGCUGGCAACAUUGGUCGUGGCUUCGUUGCCUGCUUUCUCCACAACUCUGGUUACGAGGUUGUCUUCGCGGAUGUUGCGGAUUCUCUGAUCGACUCGAUCAACGCCACCCCCUCAUACAAGGUCAUCGAGGUUGGCACUGAGGGCACCGACGAGAACACCAUCACAAACUACCGUGCCAUCAACUCCAAAACGCACGAGGCUGAUCUCAUUGAGGAGAUUGCCACUGCCGACGUCGUCACCUGCUCUGUCGGACCCAACAUUCUGCGUUUCAUUGCCCCCGUCAUCGCCAAGGGCAUUGACAAGCGCUCCAACGACCUCGCCCCCAUCGCUGUCAUUGCUUGCGAGAACGCCAUUGGCGCCACUGACACCCUCGCCGGUCACAUCAAGGACCCCAAGAACACGCCCGAGCACCGUCUCGAGGACCACCACGAGCGUGCCCGCUACGCCAACUCGGCUAUUGACCGCAUUGUGCCUGCCCAGGACCCCAACGCCGGCCUGGACGUGAAGCUGGAGAAGUUCUUUGAGUGGGUCGUCGAGAGCGGUCCCUUCGCUGAGACUGGUCACCCCACCAUCGAGGGUAUCAACUGGGUCGACAACCUUGGUCCCUACAUCGAGCGCAAGCUCUACACGGUCAACACUGGCCACGCUACAGCCGCCUACCACGGAUACAACCGCAGCAAGCGCACCGUCUACGAUGCUCUGCAAGACAAGGCGAUCCUGGCCGAGGUGCGCCAAGCUUUGAAAGAGACCACCGAGCUCAUGGUCACCAAGCACGGCAUCAACCUCGAGGAGCAGCAGGCGUACGCUGAGAAGAUCAUCAAGCGCAUCGGUAACCCCCAUCUGGAAGAUGCGGUUGAGCGUGUCGGCCGUGCCCCCAUGCGCAAGCUGAGCCGCAAGGAGCGUUUCGUCGGCCCCGCUGCCGAGCUCGCUGAGAACGACCUUGACUGCAAGGCUCUUCUGCGCGCUGCCGAGAUGGCGUUCCGCUUCCAGGACGUCGAGGAGGACGAGGAGAGCAAGGAGCUGGCCAAGACCAUGUCUGAGAACGGUCCCGAGGAUGUUGUCCAGAAGGUCUGCGGUAUCCAGGCUUCUGAAAAGAUUCAUCCCAUGCUCGUUGAGGUUGUCCGCAGGGUCCAGGCCGAUUCUGAGGAAUGACUCUCCGCCAAGCUGUGAGAUGUUUGCUUUUGCGUGUCACGAAUUAUUGUCUUCUCUUUGUUCACUAGGGAGCGGGAAACGGGUCUUACACGACAAUGGGCGUUUGGGAAUCAAGAUAUCCACAUCCUCAGCAUCAACCAAGUAGUGGUUGUGUCUUGUUACAUCAAUGAUGGUUUCACCGAGGCAGAAGGAUCUGCAUGAAAAUGCGACAGUAGUACUAGCCAAAUAUGAUUACGUCAAAACAC